AUGAAGCAAGUACUAGGUGACUUCUUCAGCGAGAAGAGGCUUUACUUUGUGUGUGGCAAAGUAUACCAAGAUGGCCAUUUUGCCAACAGAAUAGUCCACUGGUUCCUUAACCACGAAUUACCGGUAGUUCCUGUAUCACCUAAGGGGGGAGAAAUGCAGAUAUCUAAUAAGUUCCAAGGUAGCUCAGUCGGCCCACAGAAACUAAAGAUUGCAACAAACAUAGCAACUGCUUUGAAGGAAGUUAGCACUAGUCAGAUUGAUGGAAUUAGUGUCAACUUUGUUACCCCUCCGCAAGUAACAUUGUCGAUACAACAACAGUUGCGCGAACUAAAUGUACCUGUUAAGAGUGUAUGGUUUCAACCUGGUUCUUGGAAUAUCGACUGCAUCAAUUACGCAAGAGAACAGCUACAGAUUGAACCCAACAAGGUGAUUAGUGACUGUAUACUUGUGAAUGGCAAUGCAAAUUACAAAAGGUCAACUCUAAAGCUCUAA